AUGCCAUUGGCAUCCACUACUCAUCUCAAUCUCAGAGAAUUAUGUAGAGAGGGCCAGUUGAAUGAGGCAUUGCACAUUCUGCUUACUACAUACAACCCCCCUGAAGGCCAUUCUACAUAUCUUGACUUAUUGCAGGCUUGUAUUCUGAAGAAUGCGCCUUCACAAGGAAGGAAAGUGCAGUCUUUCGUUGCUCACAGGCAAUUUGCAUUUUCUACUAACACAGUUUUUCAUAAUAAGCUUAUUUUCAUGUAUGUCAAGUGCGGAAGUUUGGUGGAUGCCCGUAAAGUGUUCGAGCAUAUCAAAGAGCCAGACAGAUUCUCAUGGAAUACGAUUAUUGCAGCCUACAGACGAUAUGGGUGUCCUCAGCAGGCAGUUACUCUGUUUCACCGUAUGCAGAAAACAGGGCUCCAACCUGAUAGGUUUACAUUUUCCAGCGUAUUUGCAGCUUGUGCGAAAAUGGGAGCUUUAGAACCGGGUAUGGAUAUCCACAAAAGUAUAAAGGAUAGACGACUUUUGUCAGAUGUUGUAGUAGCAACUGCCCUGCUGGCAGGUGUAAAGCCAGAUUUGACAACCUUUGCCAGCGUCGUCCAUGCCUGCUCCAAAAUGGGAACUUUGGAACAGGGUAUAGAAAUUCAUCGAAGCAUGAAGGAGAGAAGAAUUUUGUUAGAUAUGAGAGAUGUCGUCUCAUGGACUGCAAUGGUUGCAGGAUAUGCACAAAAUGGAUCCGUUGAAAAGGCCUUAGAAACUUUCAAACAAAUGCAAUUGGCAGGUGUAAAACCGAAUUACACAACCUUUACUUGUGUUCUAUCUGCAUGCAGUCAUGCAGGUUUAGUGGUUGAGGGCUGUACAUACUUCAAUCAUAUGAGCAACUCUUAUUGUAUUACACCUACGGUCGAUCAGUAUGUGUGCAUGGUUGACAUUCUUGCCCGUGCUGGCUAUCUUGAGGACACCCUAAACUUUAUCAUUAAGAUGCCAACCAAACCUGUGGUGGUUGUGUGGAUGAGUUUUCUUGGUGCCUGCAGAUCACACAAGAAUAUAGGUUUAGGAGUAUUUACAGCGGAAUUGCUUUUUGAUAUGGAUCCUAAAAAUGAUGCAACUUAUAUUCUUCUCUCAAACAUCUAUGCGGAAGUGGGCAUGUGGGUUGAGGUUCAAAUGAUCACAUCUACAGACACAGGAGAUCUUUGCAUUGUCAGAGAAAUUGGCUUGGGAGAUGAAGGCGGCAGGCUAAUUUCCAGAUUCAAAGCAUUUACUUAA